AUGCUUGAUGCUACUACGCCCAUGCCUAUCGAUCUGAUCCGGUCCACAGCGCUCUCACCCUCGACUUCUGCACAAUGUGGAUCCUACCCUUGGUAGGGUAUUUGGGGGUCAUUGUCGGGUUCGCUUUCCUUACCUUAGCGAUAGCCUCCGGCCUUUACUACCUCUCGGAGCUUGUGGAGGAGCAUACAGUUCUUGCCCGUCGGCUGUUGUACCGGCUGAUAUACAGCAUCAUCGCCGUUCAGAUCCUCCUCUACGUAUUUGACCGAUUUCCUUUCUCCUUGACCGCCCUCAGCAUCGGCUCGCAUAUCGUAUAUGCCAGCAAUCUCCGCCGGUUCCCCAUAGUCAAGUUGUCCGACCCUCUCUUCAUCCUGUCAUGUGGGCUCGUCGGUUUGAAUCAUUGGCUUUGGUUUCGCCAUUUUUCACAGCCAUUACCUUCAUCGCGCGGCGCCACAAGCUGGCGCCAGCCGUAUCAGAUUAAUGUGGAGGAUAUGCCCACCUUCACGGAGGUUGCGUCUUACUUUGGACUCUGUGUCUGGCUGGUACCAUUUGCGCUCUUCGUCAGCCUCAGCGCGGGCGAUAAUGUCUUGCCUACUAUGGGCUCCGAGUAUGCCACAGGUGACCGUGUGCCUACUUCGGGGUUUACCCCGGGUACGUUUUCGUCCGAUGGCAAGUCCAAGAACAAGGGAAUGGCCAAGGCCCUGGUGGAUGGUGUGCGGGACUGGGUUAAGGAUAACGGGGAAUUGAUGGGUUUCUGGAAAGGUGAACGGGCAAAAGGCUUCUAGAGGCGAAGUUCUUCUUUGCUCUAGUCCUUUGUACUAACUUCACCCUGUCGGAUACCCUUGGCGUUCUGCUUUCGGAUCAAUCUCCUACACACUCUCUCAAUGAAUGGCUAGAGGAAAGCCUUCAUGAGAUAUCCACUAGCAGUUACUUGUUCUGGUGGAGUUGUUAUUUAUACUAGCUAUAUAGGCUAAAGAAACAAAUUAAUGAGAAUUUGGAGUUUAGAAUG